GGCGACGCGGAUGACCGCGCAUCCGCAUCGUUUCGCGAACGCAGCGUAAAGACGAGAAUGGUUGCGGUUGCUCGAUCGUAAUCGAAUAUCUGAAACGUGUCUGUGUCCUCCGAGAAAAACAAUCCUGCAUGCAAAGCAGCAAGGUCCAGCCCAGCCUACCAAGCCAAGUGCCGGCCGCUCUCAUCAGAUAGCGUCACGAGUCUCUGGGCUCCGUGUGCUCCAGAUUCUCCUCUACCUAGUCCAUCCUGGUCCGCAGCGUCAAUAACAUACGGGGCUACACAAAUAAAAUGCGGCUAUUUAAAAUCCAUUUCGCUCGACAAUGUGAGAGCCGUGAUCUUUAAUUGGGCCAUUAACGGCCACCUUCCUCUAAUCAUGAAGGCCAGUCUUCUGUUCGCUAUACUGCUUCCAACAUGGGCCAGCGCGGUUGUGUGUCCACAGCAUUGCACAUGCAAGUCGGUCGGCGCUCAAGCCGAAUGGCUGCGUCUCAAGUGCGGCAACCUCUUGGAAGAAGUCAAGGAUGUGGACCUCAACAAAGUCAGCGUGGAACUUAUACAGCUAGAUUUGAGCAAGAAUGCCAUUUAUACAGUUCAAGUAGACUCCUUUGUGAAUCUGACGAAUCUCAGGAGACUCGAUUUAUCAAACAACAAGAUUAAUUCUAUUGGCGAGGGUUGUUUCAAUGGCUUGGAAAACUUGGAGCGAUUGGAUUUGAGCCAGAAUCAGAUAUCAACAAUAGACAGUUAUGCAUUCAAGAAAUUAUUGAAUCUCAAAAGGCUCGAUUUGUCUGAAAAUCAAAUUACUGCUCUGGUGCCAUCCUUAUUUCAUGAUUUGUUGGUCUUAGAUCGUUUGAAAUUAAAUGGAAACAGUUUAACUACUUUGAAAGAAGGCACAUUUCAUGGACUUAAGAUGUUAAAGCAGCUGGACUUGUCUAAUAAUCCUUGGAAGUGUAACUGUGAUCUAUACUGGUUUAGUAAUUGGAUCUACAAUUCUUCGAUUAAAUUAAAUCCAACGCCCAAGUGCGCAUCGCCAGCGCUCGCUAAAGGGCAACCAGUGAAGAAAUUGAAAUUCUUGGAGGAGCUUCAAUGUCAGUGGAUAUCUCCGGCAGUUGAAAUUCGUCCAUUUCAAAACCAAGUAGUCUUCGCUGGAGAUUCGAUUACCUUGAAAUGCAGAGCACCUAGCGUCACGGUAGACAAAACCGCUAGAUUGAAUUGGUUGUGGUAUCCUAAUGCUACCGCCGAAAUCACAGACUUAAAUGCCUACAAAGAUCCGCGGCAGAAUUUACCUAACAUUAAGGUUGAUAACAGAUAUCUUUCGGACAGCGGCAUCGUAGACAGUGCUCUUAGUAUAGUCCCGAUCAAGGAGGAACAUAAUGGGCAAUGGAAUUGUUUAUUGGUUUCCGUAAACGGCAACAAGUCGAGAGCAGUUAGCGUCAUCGUAAUAUCCGAGCAAACGCGUUAUUGUCCUUUAACAGUAACGACGGACAACAAGGGUAUUUACACAUGGCCGAGAACGGUAGUAGGAUGGAAAGCAGAGCUGCCGUGCGAAGGCAGUCGUCUAUCGGGCUUAAUGCAAGCGCCCUUGAAAGCUUUUUAUCACUGUAACAUGAGCGGUCAGUGGGAACAUCUAAAUACAGAAUCGUGUCCCUACAUAUCUCAUACGACGAAAAUCUUGGAACAAUUUUCGAAAGUUAAUCUAUCUCUGACAAAAAGCAGCUUACUGGAAACGGCUAAGAGAUUUAAAAAUUAUACGGGAAACGGAUCAGUGAAACUAACAGAUCCGGUUGAAAUUCAUUUUAUCGUGCGAACUAUAGAGAAUUACUUGAAUUUCUUAAUAGAUGAGAAAGAACUUGGAAUCAUGCUGGUCGACAUCGUUAGUUCGAUGAUGAAAUUGCCGAAGGAGAUGUUAAAGAAAGCGGAAAUAAAUUUCAAAGCUUGUACGAGACUUAUCAGAGCGGUCGAGCGUAUUACGGAAUUUACACCGUCUAUACAGUCACAUAAAAAAUACAUGGUACUCGAAGAGUUUCGAGUCAAGCGCGACAGUUUUGGCGGAUUAACGUGUACGUGGUACACAAAUAUCGCCGCAAACGCCGACGCGGACGCGAGAUAUCUGCAUUGCACAACGAUUAACAGAACGUCGCCAAUGAAUACGAAGGAUAAAGCGAUAGAGGCUUCCAUUCAGUUACCCGCUUCUUUGCUACAACACUCGCAAGAUGGUGUAAUAACUCAGCAGCUCAUGAUAUCUAUGUAUAGCGACAGCAGAUUAUUUCCUAAGACGACUGCAAAUGAUAGCAUGGACAUAUCAACGUGCAUUGUCGGCAGUAAAUUAAUUGGUACAUCAGUACGAAAUCUGUCCGAACCGGUUUAUGUCAUGCUAAAAGCGCCGUUGUAUCAUUAUAACGGGAAAAGGCCGAGACCAGUGGUAUGGGACGAAACGUUGAACAACGUGGGAGCAUGGACUAGUGAUGGAUGCCAUUUAACCAACCUAUUGAAUAAUCUGAUUGUUUUUCAUUGCGAUAGAUUGGGAUAUUAUGGACUUUUGCAGGAUGUUUCGCAUCUUGAUAUGAAUGGCUUGCACAGAGCGAAAUUCAGGUACUCGCAUCCCGCGAUUUACAUCGGAAGCUUCGUGACAAUAACUUGCUUGAUGAUCAUGUCUGUGACGUACAUUAUUUCUUACACGUCCAUCACGAUGCCUAAGAAGGCGAAACAUUCCGUUAUCAAUACUUGGUUCGCCAUGGCACUGUUAUCAUUUUUAUACAGCAUCGGCAUCCAGCAAACGGAGCACAUCGAGAUUUGUCAGGGUGUUGGUCUUGUUUUACAUUAUUUGUCGUUGUGUUGCUUGCUGUGGAUGGCAGUAUCCGCCAGCAAUAUGUACAAAAAAUUGACGAAACCAGGUCUCGAUGUAAUACCCGACGAUGAGCUUCCGGAUCAACCUUUACCCAAGCCGUUGUUAGGACUUUAUUUGGUCGGGUGGGGCGUGGCCUUGAUAAUCUGCGGAAUAUCCGGCGCGAUCAAUCUGCGCGAGUACGCCGGUUACUCCCAUUGCUUCCUCAUGUCUGGACCGCCGCUCGCCGCGCUUUUCAUACCAUCCGGAAUUUUAAUAGCGUACUUGUUAAUCUUCCUCUUGCUCAUCAGACGCGCGAUUCAGAACGUCGACACGAACGCACAAUUGUCCGAGGGUACUCAGGCAACGGAGAACAUGGAUCUGGAAUUAUUGGAGCCGAAUGCGAAUCCUUCCGGGGACAGGAACAGCAUGCGUAGCACGCAGACGGUGUCAUCCGAUAUCGAAGACCCGGAACACUCGCAGUUUACGCAGUGGAAAGGCCAAGUUAUAAUGUUGGUGUUAUAUUUGAUAUCCUGGUGUGGUGCGGCCGCGGUGACGGUCAAACCGUUCAAUUCUCCGUUUGAGGAGACCGUGUUUGCUGUAUCGUACGCCAUCACCACGAGUUCCCUGGGUAUGUUCGUGCUGUUUUUCUAUGGGAUCGCUCGUAAUGACGUCCGGAGUCAGUGGUUGAAAAUGCGAUGCUGGUUGGAAAAACGCAAGAAUCGUUGCUGCCGCACUAGGAGCGUGUGCGAUGCGAACGCUGCAAUUCCGACACAGCCUUUGGUGCAAAAUUUCGUUCCGCCAUUGUCGAAUUCACAAGCCACUCAAGCGAUAUCCGAUUCGAACUCUAUCGCUUCAUCGAGAAACACUAAUCAGUCGCAGCAGAUCUACAACAGCUCGAAACUCACGGAAUUCGUGGCCAAUCGAGAAAAUAUGCCUGCCAUUCCCGUGAAUACGAAAGCGGCGAAUCUAAUAGUAAUGCAUCGUCAUCAGUAUCGUUCUAACAAUUCCGUCACCACGUACACCGAACCGUCGUCGGCCUGCGUCGAGAUGUUCUACAAUCCUCAUCAGAGCGGCGUUGCCAGGAAGUUCUUCAAGAAACAACGUAGACACGCGACCGCGAAGAAGAACAAUCUCGGCCCGAGGAAGCAGGGCGACGGCGGAGCUACUAGUGACGGCGGCAGUUGCAUCUCCAUACCUCGGCCUAAGAUCAAUAAUAGCUUAGAACGCAGCAUUCUGAGCAGCAGCGCUAAAGUGAACAACACCAAUAUACACGUUGAACUGAAUCCCAUAAAUGACAUAAAAAACGUGAAUAUAUUGUCCGACAGUGGUGGUAGCAUCUCUGAAGAAAGAAACAUCCCAAUACGCUUUGUUAUCGGUCAGGAGAACUUGAUGCAUAAUAUCAAGAAGAUCAAUAACAGCAUGCAACAGGAUAGUUUACACAUUAACAUCGCGACGUCUAACACAAUGAGAGAAACGCCACAACCGAGACGAGCGGCACUAGACUCGGACGCGGACGUUUCGAAGACGGACGAAGAGUGGCACUUACGGAACGUCUCUCAGCAAUGUAGCUUGGAAUAUAGCUCCGAGGUGGACACUGUCACGCAGAUGACUAGCGAACGAAGUGAUCAUAAUCUACCGGAAAUCUGUGAGAACAUGGAAACGGCAGAGGAGGAGCGUUUCUCGAGGAAGAGGUGUCCCAGCGUAAACGAGAUUGAUGUCGUCACCGAGGAGGAACGCGCGUCGAGAGACGUAAGACGGUUGUAUCUUUCCAACAGCAUGUACUGUCUAUCAUUGGAACAUGAGAAACUGCCGAUGAACAGCUACUGCAAUUCGUUGAACGACAUCACAUCGCUGAUGAGCGUGCAGCACCGCGACUACUCGAAACCAUCGUUCGUAGAUGUACAAAGCACAACCAGUUCAAAUCUAUGUGGGCAAGAAGUUCCUGAAUCCCGAGAAUCAUUUAACCGCUCAGAACGUUCGCUGUUCGAGAUAAACAGCUUGACCAGUGAUAAUCCAUGUACCUUGACACCGCACGCAGAGACUCCCUACGCCUGUUCCCUGUCGAAUAUCUAUUGUACCUCAGACAAAAGUUUGGAGGAGAACAACUUUCGCGAGGAGCCGCAACUGCCAGACGUGGAUCAUAAUGUGUUUAAUGCACCCGAGUCGAAAGAUCUUCUGCUGGAAAAGAACUUCAGUUCUCUUGCUGAUAUUCCGUCAAUUAGUAGGUCUAGUUCGCGUGAUAUUAAUAAUCUCAAUUUAAUCGGCGAAAUGAACGCGUGUACGGAACCUGCAAAGUCGAGUGAUAUACAACAAUUCGAGGCUAAUGAAAUCUAUUUAGAUGAAUCGAUGAGCCAUUUGCCAGUUAAGAAAGAAACGAGUGUUUAAUGUAAUUAUAUAUAUAAUUAAACAUAAAGUAUAAUUUAUAUAUCAAUGUAUACAUAAUUUAUAUUAAAAAAUAUAUAUCAUAUAUAUUUUUGUAUAAAUUAUGUAUGAUUUAUAUAUAAACUACACAUAUAUAUAAUAUACAUAUAUCAUUAUAUACAUAUAUAAUUUAUAUAUGUAUGUAUAUAAUAGAUCACACUUUGUUCGUUUGCCACAGCAAUAUAUUUAUUUUUAUGCAUAAUUUCUAUAGACUGCACAAUAUUGAAACUAGCACAUUUUAUAAUUUGUACUUUAUAAUCUUUACUAGAAUCGUGUGUUCAAUGCGCCUCAUAUAUUAAAUACUCGCAUCUUCUCUGCUAUUUAUAUCGCGUUUAGAGACGCGAUUAUUUAAAGAUUUUGUACAUAAUGAAAAUUAUUCGCCUACAAAAUAGUCUUCAAUCAGCUUGAUAGCUCUUUUUAACUAGUAUAAAUAGGUAAAUGACUAAGCAAAAGCUGCAUUUGAAAUGACUUUGAUCAGUUGAAAAAAAAAUUAGAUUCAAGAUAGAUCUGAAUAAUCUUUACAAUAUUAUCACGUCCAAGUAUCACUCGUUACCACGGCGUAUAUAUAGAUAAAAAAACAUCAAUUGCAAAAGGAGAAUAAUACUUUAACACAACGAAACACAAUCAUAAUCAGAAAAUCAUCAAGAGAUCUUUCAAUUGCUCAAAACUCGUCAGUCCAACAUGUCGAUUUCUUGUUAAAAUCUUUUAAAACUGACGAGUUGUCAAUUGCGAAGAUCGAUCAAGUCAAAAACUUAGCGUUGAUUUUUUAAUUUAACUAACUCGAUUUCGCAACACUAUUAUUAAUCCUAAAUACUCUUUAAUAUACAUUGUAUAUGCACAUCACACGGAGAUAUGAUUGUAAAAUCAUUUUGGCUGUGAAAUACUUAUCCUUAAUUUCAUCGAAAAAAUUACUUGAUAAUUAUCAUAUUUGAACUUUAUAACAUGGCAAUAUUAUCGUUUACGUAAUUUUUUUAUACAUGUUUAUAAAUAUCUUUAUAGAUAUCGUAUUUGUAUGAUCUCUAAAGUUAAAUAAUAUUCCAUUUCGUUUUUUAGCAAGAUAACUUGCUUUGUAUAACUGCCUAAUAUGAAUUAAGAUAGAAACGAAAUUUCUGUAAACUGAAGACUGAAUAUUAAGCUAAAUUUAUAAAAUUUGAAUAUGAUUAUGAUAUAUGAUCACUGACUUCCGCUUAAAUAUAUACAUAUAUAUAGUAUACGUAUACAUCUUAACGAAAAACCUCGUUUUGGGCAACGAUUUGCCUGGUAUUAUAUUGUAAAUAAUGUUUAUUUAAGUUUUUUAGAAUAAAUGUAGUUGGUAUUAAGCGCGUUAAAGCAGCUUGCUAGAGAGACUUUAUGUACUACAUUUUCUUUUUCUUCAUUCUUAUUUUUACUUUUAUAUUGAUUUCUUUUUAAGAAAUAUAAAUUUCGAUGUACGAUUGUAUACAAAACCAGUUGCUAAUUAAUACAUGUAUAUUGUACAAAA